AAUUGGGCAUGACGUCACACGAUUAGCGGCGCAGCAAAAAGGUUGUCAAGCUCAGGUGAUGUUUAGGUUGAAUUCCGCCCGCUGAUUGUCUUAGACGAUGGUAGCCUUUCAGGUGGCACUCGUCCGUACGAGGGGCAGAACAUGAAGGCUACCAGCGGUCACACCUGUCUGAGACUCUGCGCACUGUCCUGUUUGUUUGUGCUCCACUUAUUUACGCGCGUGGCCGGAAACAUGGCCUCUCCGUCACAUUUUGGCGUCGCCGGUAAAGAAGUUCGCCGAAAUCGACACCCCAAACAGAGGAACUCCUAUUUUAGACCGUUCCUAGAAAGCCAAACUGAAGACGAAGCUGUGCGACUCAUGUUAAGUCUGUACAGGAUAGCCGCGGAUGCAGAUGGACGACCAAAACAGCACAAGUUAUUUGGCUCCAACACUGUAAGGCUGCUUCAUGCGUCCACCACUGAAAAGCACUAUAUUCCGACCUCAAGUGACCUUCAGUAUACCUACACAGUGAAAUAUGAACUGAAAAACCUUUUGUUGGACAAAUUGGUGAGAGCCUCUUUUAUGCACCUAAGGUCACCUGCGUCGUCGCAUCUUCCUUUUAUCUGUGAGGCUCGAGUCUCGUCUCUUGAAGAUCUUCCUGCGGGCGACCAUGUCAUAAUGGGUCCUCGAAGCAUGUGGAGCGAAUCCGAUGUCACCAGCCACGUGUCCGAGUCCAAAGGUGGCCACGUAUCCCUCUUUGCCCAUUAUCGGUGCGCUCAAAAAAAACACGCCGGGUCCAUUACACAUCGAAAACGCUUCCCACCUCAACACCACCUUCGAGCUCCAGUUCUGCUGCUCUUUCUGGAGGAGAACAAGCAGCCUGUGGAAUGGGGGAAGUACUUCACGCCCCUUUCCCGCCCCAGGAAGCGCCGGUCUAAGGAGCCCGGGAGCAUCGUCUCCGACAUCCCCAAUUACAAGCAAGGGCCGAACAGCGUGGCCAAAAACCAGUGCAAGCUGCACUCCUACCGCGUGGCCUUCAAAGAUUUGGGAUGGGACCACUGGAUCAUUGCACCCCACAAGUACAAUCCUCGUUACUGUAUGGGAGACUGCCCUCGUAUCCUGCAUUACGGCUACAAUUCACCCAACCACGCGAUCAUGCAGACGUUCAUCAGCGAGCUCGGUGUGGCGGAUAUCCCGUUGCCUUCGUGCGUUCCUUAUAAAUACAAACCAGUCAGUGUCUUGAUGAUGGAGAGGAACGGAAACAUAGUUUAUAAAGAAUAUGAAGAUAUGAUUGCAGACUCCUGCACCUGCAGAUGACUUUGGGCUCAGGGUCAGAUAAGGACGAGAACUGAAUGGUCCUAAUGGACAAUGUGAAUUUGCACCAGCACAUUUGGAAAAGGAAUGGCGGCAUUGGGUUUGUAUUUUUUUUGCCUGUUGCCAUUUCUUGUGCAGUGCUAAAAGCAUUCACACAUAGAGAGGUUUCUGUAAGACUUGAAUUGUGGAGAGCGAUCAAUUCAGUCUCAUCUCUCGGCAGUACCUGACUUUUUGGGGAUGUAGGUAUUAAUAAGUGGAUUCUGAUUGUUAAAUGAGCUAAUGUCAUGUACUUUCUUUUCUUAUUUGCUCUUUGUCCGUGUAUGUUCUUUGAUUUUUCUGUCUAGUUUGUAUUAAUGUGACAUCUUUCAUAAUGUAUUUAUGGAGGGGAAUGGAGAUUUUGGCACUUUAUUGAAGACACUGUAAUGAGAAGUCUGUCUAAAGAAAAUAGGAAAAUGGAGAAAGAAAAAAAUUAUGAAGCAUGAAAGAGCCCUGUCUGUUGACUUGUAGGC